AUGGCUCAACCCUUCCAUUCCAGGUCAAUUAAUGAAUUUGGUGGAGCUUCAUCUCUCCCACAACAUGCCUUCCUUUUCCAUUUGUUUCCAUUAUCCAAUUUGUCGCAUUUGACGCUUGACAACAACAAAAUUAAUAGUUCCAUCUCUCCAGAAGUUGGGAAUUUGAAGAACAUCAUUUUCUAUUUUAGCAUCAUUAACAACGGAGGAAUAGGUCCAAUCAUUAACAAAUUCGAUGGUCGAAUCCCUCCUGUAAUUUUAGAAGGUCCCAUACCCAAAGAAACUAGUAAUUUAGAAUUCCUGACUUGGUUGUCCCUCUCUCAAAUCAAAUUGGAUGGAUUCAUCCCACCAGAAAAUCGAAUUGCUUUGGAAAUUGUGGAUGUGAGCACCAACAAUUUAGAAGGAUGUAUCCCGCCUAAAAUUGGUAUGCUCUUUCCACUGAACACUGUCGACCCUAGUCAUAAUUUUAUCAGCAGAGAGAUACCUUCCCAACUUGGAGAUUCAAUGAAUCCGAGCAUCUAUGAUAUAAGUUACAACAAUCUCUCAGGUCCUCUUCCUCCCUCUUUUAAGUUACAACAAUUCGAGUAUCUAUGA